ACAGCUGCCCCAACAACCACUACUGCUGGCCCAACAACAACCACAGCUGCCCCAACAACAACCACAGCUGCCACAACAACAACCACAGCUGCCCCAACAACCGCAGCUGCCCCUACAACCACCACAGCUGGCCCAACAACAACCACAGCUGCCCCAACAACAACCACAGCUGCCCCAACAACAACCUCUGCCCCAACAACCACCACUGCUGGCCCAACAACAACCACACCUGCCCCAACAACAAUCACAGCUGCCACAACAACAACAACAGCUGCCCCAACAACCACUACUGCCCCAACAACAACCACAGCUGCCCCAACAACAACUUCUGCCCCAACAACCACCACUGCUGGCCCAACAACAUCCACACCUGCCCCAACAACAACCACAGCUGCCCAAACAACCACAGCUGCCCCAACAACCACCACAGCUGCCCCAACAACAACCACAGCUGCCCCAACAACCACCACACCUGCCCCAACAACAACCUCAUCUGCCCCAACAACAACCACAGCUGCCCCAACAACCACCAAUUCUGGCCCAACAACAACCACACCUGCCCCAACAACAACCACAGCUGCCCCAACAACCACAGCUGCCCCAACAACAACCACAGCUGCCCCAACAACCACUUCUGCCCCAACAACCACCACAGCUGCCCAAACAACAACCUCAUCUGCCCCAACAUCCACUUCUGCCCCAACAACCACUACUGGUGCCCAAACAACAACCACAGCUGCCGCAACAACAACAACCACAGCUGCCCCAACAACCACUUCUGCCCCAACAACAACCACGGCUGCCCAAACAACAACCUCAGCUGCCCCAACAACCACUUCUGCCCCAACAACAACCACAGCUGCCCCAACAACAACCACAGCUGCCCCACCAACCACUUCUGUUGCCCCAACAACAACCACAGCUGCCCCAACAACAACCUCAGCUGCCCCAACAACCACUUCUGCCCAAACAACAACCACAGCUGCCCCAACAACCACCACAGCUUCCCCAGCAACAACCACAGCUGCCCCAGCAACAACCACAGCUGCCCCAACAACAACCACAGCUGCCCCAACAACCACCACUGCUGCCCCAACAACCACCACUGCUGCCCUAACAACCACCACUGCUGCCCUAAUAACCACUACUGCCCCAACAACCACAUCUGCCCUAACAACUACUACUGCCCCAACAACAACCACAGCUGCCCCAACAACCACCACAGCUGCCCCAGCAACAACCACAGCUGCCCCAGCAACAACCACAGCUGCCCCAACAACCACCACUGCUGCCCUAACAACCACCACUGCUGCCCCAACUACCACAGCUGCCCCAACAACAACCACAACAGCUGCCCCAACAACAACCACAGCUGAACCAACAACCACCACAGUUGGACCAACAACAACCACAGCUGCAGUUGAAGCAACAACAACAACUGCAGCUGGAGCAACAACUACAACUGCAGCACCAACUUCAGCCCAAGGUUUAACUUCUGUCCAAGGAGCAACUACAACAACAGCAGCACCAACAACAACUACUACUGUAACUACUACAACAGCAGCACCAACAACAACUACCACUGUAACUACAACAACAGCAGCACCAACAACAACUACCACUGUAACUACAACAACAGCAGCACCAACAACAACUACCACUGUAACUACAACAACAGCAGCACCAACAACAACUACCACUGUAACUACAACAACAGCAGCACCAACAACAACUACCACUGUAACUACAACAACAGCAGCACCAACAACAACUACCACUGUAACUAUUACAACAGCAGCACCAACAACAACUACUACUGUAACUACUACAACAGCAGCACCAACAACAACUACCACUGUAACUACUACAACAGCAGCACCAACAACAACUACCACUGUAACUACUACAACAGCAGCACCAACAACAACUACCACUGUAACUACUACAACAGCAGCACCAACAACAACUACCACUGUAACUACUACAACAGCAGCACCAACAACAACUACCACUGUAACUGUAACGGGACUCUUAACUUUGGACUCAGUGAAACCAAACCUUUGA